CGACGUUCAUCUCGACGUACCACCUUCCUGUUCAUCGUCCUCUUUCCUCGUCGACGACCACGGUCAUGCAUAUCCUGCAGGAUUACCCUUACGCACUCUCCCUCUGCCCGAAAUGCCCCCACUCGUUCGUCACGAUGUUGGGCUCCCCCGAGCUGGAACUACGCCUAGACGAUGGCUAUGUUCCCUUCGAACCCACCGAGAUUGCCGCCCUCUCCGCGUCGCUCUCCCAAGUCCAGGACAGCAUCGAUCGAUGUGACGAGGAGAUAUCCCGCGUCGAGAACACCCUGCGUCGCCUCCGCGGGGUGAAGACAUCCCUCCAAUCUACAUCUGACAGAAUACGGUCGCUACUCUCGCCUGUUCGUCGAAUGCCGCCCGAGAUCCUCGCAGAGAUCGCUGCCUACACGCUCCCUCCUGGCUGGUUUCAGGACCGUGUCGGGAAGCAUGUGUGGACCUUCUUGCAGGUAUGCCGUGCAUGGCGUACCGCAGCGCUUCAUUUGCGCUGGCCAUGGGCACGCUUUUGCCUGCCAAAGUCGCCGAGGAAUCUCGGGGAUGAACCUAUGGAUAUAAUCUCGGCGUACUUCAUGCGCUCGGACCCUUACCCCCUCAAAAUCAGGCUCACUUCGGACUCAUUCUUUAAUAUGCUGCGAAAUGUGCUCAGUGCCCACGCGUCGCGCAUCCACGAGCUAGAGCUGGAUGAAUCGUGGUCACCAACGCUGCCCCAACUCCCGAUCCUUCGUCGGCUUCGUGUGCGCCGCUGCACAAUGUUGCCCGACUCAAUUGACGCUUCAAACCUGUACGUUCUCGAACUCUUUAGGGUGCGUUCGCCCCCAAGCACUCUCCCUUGGGAGAACUUGCGCGCCCUCAGCAUACACGGCGAGGCCAUAUAUCCCGAAGAUCUAGACAGUUUGCGUCGUUGUGCGAGGUUGGAAGUGCUCAGCCUGGAUGCCUUCGACCCUAAAGGAGAAGUUCUGGACCAGGACGACCCUAAGGAGACACUCGUCUUCCCAACUUUGAAGAUUUUGGAGAUACGUGACGCUGCCAUCAUGCUCUGUGCUCACCUUCGCGCGCCUGCACUGCAGCACCUUAUCCUGGAUGUGCCCACCUGGACCUUCGAUGGAGGACUCGCCGAGUUCGAAACUGUGGCUUUCGAGUAUCUCUAUUCCCUGGUGCCUCCGAUCACCAGUCUUACAUUGCGCAAUAUGGACAACUACGAUUAUCGGGAACCACACCUUGGCGAGAUCUUCACCCACGCUCCCAAAUUGCGGAAGAUAACCGCCAUCGUCAUAGAGGGCGCAUCGAAGACAGAACUCUCUAUGUACACCGAAUUGUUCCGCAUCCUCUGCUGCGGCGACGGGCACCCAGAGCUGCCCCAGCUGACGGAGGUGGAAUUAUGGGAAAGAGUGGAGAGUGUCGAUUGGAGCGUCGAGAGGGUCGACUUGGUCCGGCUGGUCCUGCAAUCGCGCGGUUCACCUUCCAACUUCGGGCCUGCGCGGCUCAAGAGGCUUCGAAUCCGCUCUCCCUUCGUCUUUUCGGAUUCAGCGACGGCAGAGGACUGGGCAAACGUUCGUGGGUCCGAUGGCGAGCACAUCCUCGACGUUGAUGUGCAAUUUGAUGAAGAGGAAGGGCCAGUUGAAUGGGGAAUAGACGUAGCAGCGGCACUGGGAGAUCUGGAGUAGGACUUCAUGCAUGGAGUACGUGCGGAUCUGAACCCGUUGUAAUUGCGACCAGCUCAUCAUGUCAAAUCGUGAAAUCAAAAUAGUGUGCCUAUUUCAUUG